AUGUGCACCAACAACAAACUGGUCCUGCCACUUGUGGUCGUGGCGGUGAUCGUUGCCUGGGUUGGCCGCGUGAGCUCCGAGGGCACGGUUUUCACCGGUGAAAGCUGUCGCCAGUCGGGGGUGCUCGUUUUCUAUCGCAUCAAGCUCGUCACCAGCUGGUCGAAGAAGCUGUUCCCCAAGCACUACCCGGAAUUCCGGCCACCGCCGCACUGGAGCAUGACUUUCGGCCAAACGCAUAACGACAGCUUUCGCCUGUUCGAGAUGAAGCAGCUGGCGUCGGGCCCAGUGGCGACCUUCGCGGAAACAGGUCAAGUGGCGCCGUUGGAGGAAUCCCUUGCCCAGCGACAGGACGUGCUGUUCGAUGAGUUUCGGCUGCCGAAGAUCCGCAAGGGUAAGGGCGAAAGUGAGACCACGUUCUUCGUCGACGGCCAGCAUUCGAGUGUGUCGUUCAUGGCGAAGAUCGUUCCGUCGCCGGACUGGUUCGUCGGUUUGGACUCCUUCAAUCUCUGCUCGCGGGGACGCUGGAUCGAUAGGACGACGGUUCCGCUCCAUCCACUGGACGCCGGCACCAGCAGUGGCCUAACGUUCACCUCGCCCAAGUGGCCAACGAACCCGCCGGCGGUGAUCGAACGGAUCACGGCUCGCUACCCGCUCCACUUUGCCAGCAGCUUUUUCUAUCCGGAAAUCAAGCAUCUUCCCGCAAUCGCACACGUCACCUUCACGAAGAUUAAAGAAUACGUUAAUCACAACAACGUGCAUAAGAAGGUGAAGCGGCUCAAGCACAAGCAGCGCACGAAGUUGCUGAAGAAGCUGACCGUGCAGCCGACGAUCCGCGGCGGCGCUGCCACCGUAUCCGGGAACUACAAUGAGAACGCGGUCGUGGACGAGACACUCAACGCGGCCGACUGCCGGGUUAGCGCGUGGACGACCUGGAGUCCUUGCAGCACGUCGUGUGGGCUCGGCAAACGGAACCGCGUCCGCAGCAUCCUUCAGACGCAACGACCCGGCGGCCUGGAGUGCCCGCCGCUGGUCGACACGCAGUGGUGCGGUUCCGCACGGCAGUGCACCGUGAGUGACAGCUACUUCCGAUGGUGA